AUGGCCUGGAGGCAUUUCCGUUUGCAUACACCAGUCUAUGUCAGAGUGGAUCGUUCAGGAGUUUAUCACUCAUAUCCAGAGCUGCCAGGUGGGCCGUUCGAGAGCCUUGAUGCAUUUGAAAGUGCUUUCCAUACCUAUGCUCGUGGCCGUAGCACUGACACGUCCAAGGAAACGAAUAAGGAGCGUCUUAUACGAGAAUCUCUUGAGUGGUCAGAUGGUACGAGGAAGGUCGCCACAAGUUUGCAAAUAGCUGAGAGGGAAACUAACAAUGUGCAGAGACUGGUUAAAGCUUUACUGGACAAGAAGAACGAAGAUCAGGAUUUGAAGUAUGAACUCGAACAUAUUGUUCAUUGGCAAUUAAUCUGUGAAGGUCCCAAUGCAUGGUACUAUCAUUUCAAUAUCACUAUGAAAACUAAAGGAGUUAAUGAUGAUGCGGGCAGUGUCAAUCUAUUUUUCGCUGAAGCCACACGUGUUCAGAGGGAUACGCCAGGAUAUUUUCUCUGCUGUUUCUGCAGGAUUGACCCUAACGGCAAGGAUGUUAAAUGUCAUGGUUGUACGGACAAUGGAAGUAUUCAUAUGAAGCACCCCUCUACUCAUUUUCAUUGCGGCCAAACUGAUCUCUCCUUUGGUUAUGAUGCCUGUAACGAUGAGGUGUGUUGCAACGCCAAAAAGAUGGAAGACGACGAUGAAGAAGAGGAACUGAGAGAAGAGGAGGAAAGGAUAAGAGAGUCCUUCGAUUAUCUUGACGAUGUGGAACUUAUGGAGAAACUCCGCAAGAAACGUGCUGAGCUCUUAGCCCUACAUUCCAAAAUCCAGGAGGAUGAAGAAGCGGCCUGUAAAGACUGA